AUGGCAGUCGAUGGUGCGUGUCAUCGCCCCAAGGGCUGCUGCUUGCCUGGCGUAGACCAGGCCCGCCUGUCCCCGCGCCUGCGCGGCCCGCGGCGCCGCUGGCCAGGCGCCACGGGGGCGCGACGAAUGGCGAGGCCGCCAGCUGUCCGCCCUGUUCAGCCCACCAUCGGCAAGCGGCCAGCCGCGAAGGCGGCAAUCUCCAGAGGGCAGGUGACGAAGAGGCCCGCUGCGGCGCGGGCGGUCGCGAAGCGGCCAGCCGCGACGUCAGUGAAGCGCUUUCGACAUGAUGGGUUGGCGCAGAUGCUGAAGGAGGAGGCCGCGUCGUGGGCAGGAAGGCUCGCUGACGACGACCUCGGCGAGGGGGAGAACGGCCUCGAGUGCCCGUUCUGCGCUCGGAUGUUCGAGAGGAAAGACCGGGCUCGCGACCGCGCGUGGCCCCACGCAGCUGGCAAGCUGUCUUGCUUGCAUGCAACCUUGAUUGAUGACUGGAAGCAGGUGACGCAUCCAGUGCUGGCUUCUAUCGUCCGUGCGUUGCACGACCACGACGUCGUGACAGCGUCCGAGAAGCGCGGCAUGUAUGCGUCGAGGGCAAGGAAGCUGAUAGUUCAGUGGGCCAGAUUCUCAGCACUGCCAGGCGCGCGUCGUUCCAUGUAUUCCAUCAUGGGGAACUACGACGGCUGCAUGGUGCUGGCGCUGACAGCCGAGGGGCCAGUUUUCUGGUUGAGGGGCGAUCAACGCUUGGAGGGGCGCAGGCAGUUCGGCGAGCACAACUGCACCAUGGAUUUCGCGAACGCGUACGCACGGCAACUUCUCGGCGCCAGCGGCGUCCACGGCAAGGCAUUUCGGGCAGUGGUCGCCGAAUGGUUGGCGCGCGGGUGCGAGGUCACAGCGCUAGCGAAUAGGCAUUCGCAGACGAUGAGCGCCCUGGCGCUGGACAUCAUGAAGUCAGACGCCAUGCGCAGCUUCGUCGGCAGCCUUAAAGUUAAGGUGGCCGACCUCGGCGGGCUUCGGUCCCUGUCUGUCGACGCGACGUACAGGGUUGCCUUGAAGGUCGACGGUCGCUCCAGCUACGACAAGCACAACGUCUUCACCGUCCUCGGCUUCCAUGGCGAGCGCGCGGUGCCAGCGGCGCUUCGUGACAGGGUCGAGCACGUGGCGGCGGACGUGGUCGGCCACCAGCUGGUCGCAUCCAUGCGCGAAAUAUUCCCGAAUCUGAUGGGCAUUUCACUCGACCCCAUGCACUUGUGCUUCUCCGCAGAUCGGCAUUUCGUCAAGCGCCGCAUGCGCCCGACAGUCGCGGGCUUGGUUCUGCGCUCGGUCACGGGAAAAUUCAGCCAUCCUGACUCGUCCAGAUCUCGGGAGCCUUUCUUCGACGGGACCCAAGUGCCGCAUCUGACCGCGGCCGAGCGAGCCCACAUUGGACACAUCGAGCAGGGCGACUUGCAGCCGGCCGCGGCUGCGCGCGCCCUGAAGGCCAUGGAUCCCAACGUGCCGAUGCGGUCUCGCAUCGAUUUCUGCAGGCUGCUUGCCAGUUUCGUGGCAGUUUACCCAGACCGCCUGGACACGAAGUAUGACAAGGUCACGUUCCGUGAGCAGUUGGUGGCGGCGCGUCGACCGAGUCGAGCAGAAUGGUUUUUCAACAAUGUCAGGUACCGUUCUCGAUUAACGGUGGAUGCUAACGCCUUGCUUGGCACUGGCACGACCAGGAGCAAGCAGGCGCACGCCGCCCUGAAUUCUGAUUUCAGGCAGACUCUUCGCGUGAGCCAAGAGAUGCUUGCAGCCGAGCUUCGGACCUGGGGCGCCAUGGAGCUGGCGCUCGCGCGCCGGGCCCUGGCAGGUCGCACGACUGUCCGGGUGAAGCAUGCAAGCAUGCGGCCGUUUGUGGUCGCUUCGACCCAGCUGUUCGAGCAAGCCAGUUGGUCUGCGCACCUGAAGUGCGCGCAGGCGCAGUUCGAGAGUUUUGUUCCCGAG